UUUUUUUUAAGUUUUUAUUGCAAAUAAAAAACGUUUAUUUUAUUAAACGAAACGCUUUCGGUACAUGCACUGAUUAUAUUUAAAACUGUUUUAAAAUUUCCGUGUGUUAUUUUAAUUUUAUUAAUUGUGUUUUAUUUGUUUUAAUAUUAUUGUUUUAAAGAUGAGCCCCAAAUUGUCCUAUGUCCCUUCUAUAAUAAAAAACUUCAAAUGCCCGCUCUGCGAUAUCUACCUUUUCCCGCCGAUUUCUCAGUGCGUGAACGGCCAUACUUUUUGCAAAAAAUGUUUUGAGCUUGUUGGAGGAUGCGACACGUGUAGAGCGCCUGUUUCAGAAGAACGUCACAAGUUGAUGGAAAUGUGGUCAGAAAAUUUGCUAUUCCCGUGCGAGUGCGAAAUAAAUGGGUGUCAGUUCAAAGGGUACUACAAGGAUGUUUUAAAGCAUCAAAAAACAUGCCAGUGGACGUACUGUAAUUGGAAGAAGACCAAGCCGAAGUCAUGGGGGAAAAAGGGGAGGGGGAAGAGGAAUGGUAUCAGGAAAAGCGGACCCAAACACCCUAGACAAGCAGGAUAAAAACCUGUUUUUUAUAAACACUGUAUUCAUAUACAUUGUUUUUUUUUUGAAUAAUAAUUAAACUUGAUUUUAUAAUAUUAUUAAUAUCACAAAGAGUAACUAUUAUAUAUUUAUUAUAAACGACUUUGCCAUUAUAUAUACAUAAACAUAAUUUGAUUUGUAAUUUGUAACAUGUUGUUCGCAAUGAAAUGUAUAUUUAUCUAACAUUUGCAGAGUAUUGUUGUUAUGGCUUUACCAAUUUUGUAAUCUCUAGUUUGCUUCAUUAGUUUUGGCUGUGUAAUUAAUAUUAAUAUGCCCUCAUGU